GCCUGGGCGGAGCUGCGCGCGCAGCUUCUGGCUGUCCCGGGACGCAGUUUGGAACCCUGUGCGGUGGGUCCCGGGGAGUCUCGGGGGUCCCAAGGCGCCGGGACGCGAGGGGUGGACUCGAGCGGCUUUGUGUGACUCGGCCCGGCUGCCGGCCUUGCCAUGGAGCCGGGCAGCGUGGAGAACUUGGCCGUGGUGUAUCGCAGCCAGGACUUCCUAGUGGUCAGCAAGCACUGGGACGUGCGCAUCGACAGCAGGGCCUGGCGCGACACGCUGACCUUGCAGAAGCAGCUUCGACACCGCUUCCCGGAGCUGGCCGAUCCUGACACCUUCUAUGGGUUCAGGUUCUGCCACCAGUUGGACUUCUCCACCAGCGGGGCCCUCUGCGUCGCUCUGAACAAGGCAGCCGCCGCCAGCGCAUACAAGUGUUUUAAGGAGCGGCGGGUCACCAAGGCCUACCUGGCUCUGGUGCGAGGACACAUCCAAGAGAGUCAGGUGACCAUCAGCUGUGCCAUCGGCAGGAGCAGCAUUGAGGGUCGGUCGCAUACCAUGUGCAUCGAGGGCACGGAAGGCUGUGAGAACCCGAAACCCAGUCUCACAGAGCUGGUAGUCCUGGAGCACGGGCUGUAUGCAGGCGACCCCGUUUCCAAAGUGCUUCUGCAGCCCCUUACUGGCCGGACACACCAGCUGCGGGUGCACUGCAGUGCGCUGGGCCAUCCCAUUGUGGGCGACCUCACAUAUGGACAAUCAGUGGGCCAGGAGGAGCGUCCCUUCCGCAUGAUGCUGCAUGCCUUCUACCUGCGCAUUCCCAUGCCAAACGAGCUCGUGGAAGCCUGCACGCCCGACCCCUUCCUGCCUGCCUUAGACGCCUGCUGGCAGCCCCAGAAGCUCCUCCGGCCGCUGGACCCACUCGUCCAGGCCCUGCGGGCUGCUCCUGAUCCUGAGCCCACAGAUGAGCACCUCCAGCCACCCCAGCCCUCAUCACCACCCCUGGUGAGGACCAGGCCCCCAGAGACAGAGGAGCAGCGAGCCUCACGCCUGCAGUGGCUGGCCGAGUGGACACUGGAGCCGGACAACUGAGUGUGUGUGUGGAUUGUGUGGGAAGUUGCAGACUUGGACUGCCUGGGCCCACCCCAGGCAGGACCCGUUCAGUUUAUUGGGCUCAGGAAGCCGUUGGCUGCAGAGUGGCCGACAGGCCAGCAGAGGGAGCCCAGUGCCCGUCUAUGGCCACCAGGCCUGUGUCUCCAAGGAAAGCCUGUCCCUGAGUUCCAGGUCACCUUGGGCAACACAGGCUAAGUCAGCAACCUUGUUCCUGCUCAGCUGGAACCCUGGCGCCCCUAUAUCUUUUCUCCAGAUGGGGACCCUGCCUUCCAGCCCAUCCACUUCCCCAGGGGCCACUCCUGCCUCAUACCUUCGGACACAUCCCAAGUGUCCCCUUUGAGUGGUCAGGGAGGCCAAAGCUCCCCACACCCAUGCCGUCUGCGUGCUGGGACUGCCUUCUUCCCAUCUGCUGCAGAACAAGAACCUGCUGGGUCCCUGCUCCUGGGCGGGGCUCUGGACUUAUAAUAAAGGCCUGUGACAGCU